GAUGCUGGGAUAGUAAUGGCGGCCUACUGCACACAUUGUUGACGUUUACCGCUAUGUUAUUUCACUGAAUGUUUUAUUUUAUUUUAUCAUUCAGUACAUAAUUUUUAUUAUACAGUGUACAGCAGUUUUGAGGAACCUAUCGUUUCAAAGAUACACCAGAAAUCCAUCAGCUGAGUGCUGCGAUUGACACCUCAGCAGAGAUGGAAGAGAUGGAAGAUGAUUCCUCCCUGCAUCGAAUAGAAGGCAGUGACCCCAGUCUGCAGGUCGGGGGGCUGAUAGUGAAGAAGAAGAUCGCUUCAACAGAACAACAUGUGUUCAGAGCACCAGCUCCACGCACCUCACUCCUGGGCCUGGAUCUGCUGGCCGCCCAGAAACGCAAGGAACGUGAGGGGAAGGAAGGGCUGGAUGAUCAACCCAAGAAAUCCAAGGUGUCGUCCUACAAGGACUGGGAGGAGGGAAAAAGUGAUUCAGGGUCUGAUGAUGAAACUGAAGAGGAUGGCGAGAGCAAGAAUGGGAAAAAAGAAAGGAAGUACCGUGUCACUGGCUCAGAAACGCCAUCAAACCCAGGAGGGGUUAGUGAGGAGUUCAAGCUGAAAAAUCAACAGAGGGAAAAAGACAGACGUGAACAUGGGGUUUAUGCAUCCUCCAAAGAAGACAAGACCAGAGACAAAGACAGAUCCAGAGACAAGGACAGAGACUACGACCGCUACCGUGACAGAGACAGAAGAAAAGACAGAGAUGUACGGGACGGCUGCCACAACCGUGGAUCCAGCAGCAGUCGCUCGGAGCGCGGUGAAGGCAGUGUGAGGAGUGAACGCUCUCAGAGGGACGGCUCGUCCGAACGAAUGAGUCGUGGCACUCGACGUGAUGAGCCAGAUUCACCCCGUAACAGAACCAAAGGCUUGGUCACUCCGUCACGCUCCAGCUGGGAUGAAGAUGACAGUGGAUAUUCCAGCUCACGUCACUCACACUGGGAAAGCCCGUCUCCUGCCCCCUCGCACCGGGAGACUGACCGCUCCGAGCGCAGCCAUCGUUCAGUCCGGGACAGCGAGAGGAGAGACAGGUCAAGUAAACCUCAAUAUUCGGCAGAUACUCCUCUACCAACCCCGUCAUAUAAGUACAACGAGUGGGCCAAUGACAGGAAGCAUCUUGGCUCCACACCACGCCUGUCCAGAGGAAAAGGAGAGAAAAGAGAGGAUAGAGAGGACGGCAUCCUGUUUAAUGAUGAAGAUGAGAAGGAACAGUGGGAGGAAGAUCAGAGGCAAGCAGAUCGAGACUGGUACAUGAUGGAUGAGGGUUACGAUGAGUUUCACAACCCAUUGACGUCCACCUCAGAAGAAUAUGUGAAGAAGAGGGAGCAGAUCCUACAGAAGCAGACCCAGAAACGCAUCUCAGCGCAGAAGCGGCAAAUCAAUGAGGAUAACGAACGCUGGGAAACCAACCGCAUGCUCACCAGUGGAGUGGUUCAGCGCUUGGAGGUGGACGAGGACUUUGAGGAGGACAAUGCGACCAGAGUCCACCUACUUGUCCAUAACCUCGUGCCACCCUUCCUGGAUGGUAGGAUUGUCUUCACUAAGCAGCCAGAGCCGGUCAUUCCAGUGAAAGACGCAACCUCAGACAUGGCCAUCAUCUCCCGCAAAGGAAGUCAGCUGGUCAGACGACACCGAGAGCAGAAAGAGAGAAAGAAGGCACAACACAAACACUGGGAGCUCGCUGGCACCAAACUGGGUGACAUCAUGGGCAUCAAGAAAUCAGAGGAGGGGGAAAAAGAUGGAAAAGCUGUUGGAGAAGAUGGAAAUGUGGAUUACAGAGCGGAGCAGAAGUUUGCUGAUCACAUGAAGGAGAGAAAUGAAGCGAGCAGUGAUUUUUCUAAGAAGAAGACUCUAUUAGAGCAGAGACAAUAUCUGCCCAUCUUUGCUGUUCGCCAGGAGCUGCUCAACAUCAUCAGGGAUAACAACAUUGUGAUUGUGGUGGGGGAAACGGGCAGUGGUAAGACGACUCAGCUGACGCAGUAUCUUCAUGAGGACGGUUACACCGGCUAUGGCAUGGUGGGCUGCACACAGCCUCGCAGAGUGGCAGCCAUGAGCGUGGCCAAGAGAGUCAGCGAAGAAAUGAACAGUAACCUGGGAGAAGAGGUUGGUUAUGCCAUCCGUUUUGAAGACUGUACAUCAGAGAAGACCGUAAUAAAAUACAUGACGGACGGGAUUCUUCUGAGGGAAUCUCUGCGGGAGUCAGACUUGGACCACUACAGCGCUGUCAUCAUGGACGAGGCCCAUGAGCGCUCCCUCAACACUGACGUGCUCUUCGGACUGCUCCGAGAGGUGGUGUCUAGACGCUCAGACUUGAAGCUCAUUGUCACAUCUGCCACCAUGGACUCUGACAAAUUUGCGGCAUUCUUCGGCAAUGUUCCUAUUUUCCACAUUCCCGGCAGAACGUUCCCAGUGGAUAUCUUGUUCAGCAAGACUCCUCAAGAGGACUAUGUGGAGGCGUCCGUGAAACAGGCCUUACAGAUUCAUCUCAGCGGGAUGGGGGGUGACAUCCUCAUCUUCAUGCCGGGUCAGGAGGACAUUGAGGUGACAUCAGAUCAGAUUGUGGAGCGAUUGGAGGAUCUAGAGAACGCUCCGGCUCUGGCAGUGCUGCCCAUCUACUCCCAGCUGCCCUCAGACCUGCAGGCCAAGAUCUUCCAGAAGGCUCCUGAUGGAGUGAGGAAGUGUAUUGUCGCUACAAACAUCGCUGAGACGUCUCUGACAGUGGACGGCAUCAUGUUUGUGGUGGAUUCUGGUUACUGCAAACUGAAGGUGUUCAACCCUCGCAUCGGCAUGGAUGCGCUGCAGGUGUACCCCAUCAGUCAAGCCAAUGCAAACCAGCGGGCUGGCAGAGCCGGCAGAACAGGCCCAGGACAGUGUUACAGGUUAUACACUCAGAGUGCCUACAAGAAUGAAAUGCUCACCACCACUAUCCCAGAGAUCCAGCGCACUAACCUGGCCAAUGUUGUGCUGCUGCUCAAGUCACUGGGAGUGCAAGACCUUCUGCUAUUCCACUUCAUGGAUCCCCCACCUGAAGACAACAUGCUGAACUCCAUGUACCAGCUGUGGAUCUUGGGAGCUCUUGACAACACAGGCGCUCUGACGCCCACCGGGCGGCUCAUGGUGGAGUUUCCUCUGGAUCCGGCUCUGUCCAAAAUGCUGAUCGUGUCAUGUGACAUGGCCUGUAGCGCUGACAUUCUUAUCAUCGUCUCCAUGUUGUCAGUGCCAUCCAUCUUCUACAGACCAAAGGGUCGAGAGGAGGAGAGUGACCAGGUGCGAGAGAAGUUUUCAGUGCCUGAGAGUGAUCACCUGACCUACCUCAAUGUUUACCUGCAGUGGAAGAACAACAACUACUCCAGCAUCUGGUGUAACGAUCACUUCAUCCACACCAAAGCCAUGCGUAAGGUGCGUGAGGUUCGAUCUCAGCUCAAAGACAUCAUGGUGCAGCAGAAAAUGAACCUGAUCUCCAGCGGCUCCGACUGGGACGUGAUCAGGAAGUGCAUCUGUGCUGCGUACUUUCACCAGGCUGCAAAAUUAAAGGGAAUAGGGGAGUAUGUGAAUGUGAGAACUGGGAUGCCCUGCCAUCUGCACCCUACCAGCGCUCUGUUCGGGAUGGGUUACACCCCUGACUACAUCAUCUACCAUGAACUGGUCAUGACCACAAAGGAGUACAUGCAGUGUGUGACGGCAGUGGACGGCGAGUGGCUGGCUGAGCUUGGGCCCAUGUUCUACAGUAUCAAACAUGCAAACAAGAGCAGACAGGAGAACCGAAGGAGAGCCAAGGAGGAGCUCACCAUCAUGGAGGAGGAGAUGUCCCUUGCACAACAACAGAUCCUGGCACGGAAAGAGGAGCAGGACAGGAAGAACAACCUGGGCAGUGUCAGGUCAAUCAAGAUCUGCACCCCAGGAAGAAAAGAAGAAGCGCCUAUGACGCCAAAACGGACACCGGCCCGAUUUGGCUUAUAGUAUCAAUAAUUUCACCCGCAUAAUAUUGCAAAUAUAUAAUUAUGUUCAGUUGCUGUUUUCACUGCAAUUUUCUUUUUUAUAUGAUCAUUAUAGUGUGUGUCGCAUGCAGCUUCCAGGUUUAGCCAGCAGUAGGAGCAAUUGUAUAAGGAGAAAAUUUCUUCCUCGCAUACAAAGUGUUUUUUUUUUUUUUUUUUGGACUGAGACAUAAAAAAAAGAAGUGGAUGCUUGCACUGUUGAUCUUACAUUGAUUCAGUGCUUAAAUUAAAAAAAUACAUUCUUAGUUUGAAGGCGCUUUAACUAAAAAAAACCUCUUUAUUUGACAUUAUAAGUAUACUUAUCCCAACAACAUACAAGUGUUCGUAUAAACCAGAGCCGCCAAAUUUAUUCAUGUGCUUCUGUAAUAUUCACUUUACCCUGGAAUUGUAAUUCGGCUUGUGAAAAACAGCAGUUGUAUCAUUCUUUCAGAGAACACAGAGCGCCCAUGAAUAUUAACUUCCUGUACUUUGAUAGGUUAAUCCCCUGUGGAUGAAGCAUGUCUUUGUUAUUCUGACAAAAAAAACAUUGCUAGAAUAUUUCAUCAUCCCGCUGGAAUCAACACUGACCAGGCGGCGGUCAAACCCUGUGUCGUCUUUGAUGCAAUUGGGCUGCAAGUCAUUGAACAGAUCUACUGUGUGCUGACUGAGAUAACAGGCCUCUGCUGAGAAUCCACAAAAAACACAACAUGACCAACUGCUAUCCACUGAGGGUCAUUUCGCUCGCUUUCUGGUUUCCAGGCCUCUGCUGUUCUGUUUGUAUUUCCGGAAGCUUUGAAAUAGUGUGUUGAACUUCAUUAGUGUACAGCAUAUCUGUAUAUUGUGUUUCUUUCUUUCUUUUUGUAUGAUUUAGAUAUGCAGAAGUCAAAACAUGUCUAGACUAGACAAAUUAUGUGGUCGCAGGAAUAUAAGAAUAACCAUAUUUUUGAAAAUGUAAAAUUCAUUCUGUGAUUCAAUUUUAUGGUUUUAUCUUCAAUAUUAAAGAAGUGAACACAGCG